UGGCAAGUACUUACCGGAAGUAGAAAAGGGUGUCACUUGUGUUAUGCACGACUGAACACUUUUCAACUUGUGCUAAUUUUCUUUUUCAGUUACACAGAUGGCUUACCCGGGAUACGGUGGGUAUGGCAGCCCAAUGCCUCCCCAAGGAAUGCCUGGAGGACCAAUGGGGAGACCCGUACUUGGUCACAUGGGUGGACCAAUGCUUGGCCCAAUGGGAGGUGCACUGCCCCAGAGUGGUGGGUACUCCCCCUAUGGAGGAGGCUAUCAGGCAACGUAUGGCGCUCUGGCCCCAGCUGCCAAUGACCCGAUGUGGGGUUACUUCACAGCCAUUGCUGGCCAGGACGGUGAGGUGGAUGCAGUGGAGCUGCAGAGGUGUUUAACUCAAUCUGGCUUCACUGGAACCUACAGCCCAUUUAGCCUGGAGACAUGCAGAAUCAUGAUCGCGAUGCUCGAUAGAGACUUUACAGGUAAGAUGGGCUUCAAUGAGUUCAAGGAGCUGUUUGUGGCGCUGAACGGCUGGAAGCAGAACUUCAUAAUGUUUGACCGAGACAGGAGUGGUACCGUUGAGCCCCAUGAGAUGAACCAGGCAAUCAGCUCAAUGGGAUACCGCAUCAGUCCUCAGGCUCUGAACGCCGUCAUCAAGCGCUACAACAAAAGCGGCCGCAUCUACUUUGACGAUUACGUGGCCUGCUGCGUCAAGCUUCGUGCACUCACAGAUCAUUUUAAGAGGAGAGAUACCAUGCAGCAAGGUUCUGUACAUUUUGGCUACGAUGAUUUCAUCCUUUGCACUAUGUCCAUUUAAGUGCUGUUGGUGGGCGGAGCAACCAUGCCAAAAUCCUUUAGCGAGCCAAUCAGGCAUUGCCGCCGGACCAAUCACUGUACAGCAAAAGCAAUCGUGGCCAGUCGGGUCCCUGGAGGGUUAUAGGCGUGGGACCCUUUUGCUUGUAAAGCUUGCUAUAACAUUAAUGUAUUUGCUUAUAAAUGGAUAUAUACACAUACUAGUAUAAUUUAAAAAUGUGUCAAGCCAAAGGUAGAGUCAUAGUUUGGAAAAGAGAUUUGGUGACACCUGUGCCAUUUUUUUUUUGAGGUGGAGUGAAGAUCGUGCUGUCUUAUAACAACUUUAUAUAAAUCUAUUUUAAAUGUAUGCAAAGUAUCAAGUUGUAUUUUUGUAGCCCCCAAAAGAGACUGCACGUAACCGAGGCUGUAGUAGAUCAUAUUUUGUUACUCACAAAGCGUUUUAUAAAUCCUCUAUGCUUUGUGUUCACUGACUUUGUACAAUUGUGCAUUUCUCAAGUGUACUUAACAUUUUGUUCAAUUUCAUUAAAGAACACAGACAUUCGGAUUAGCUGUGGAAAAACGAUGCCUUGUAUUGCAUCCUGGCAAACAACAACAAACAUGCAUUAAAUGAAUUGUGACCAGCACUAGAUUUUAUAAUGUGCCAUUUAUAUGAUUCAGUACAGCAUUUUAUUUUUUAAAGAGUUUUGAAAAAUAAGUACCAGUUUCAGGUGAAGGCUGUUGGACGCCAAGCUAAGUUGUGAAUAUUGAAUGUUCUUUCUUUUCCGACUACACCGCUCUCAAAUAUUGAGGGACUUUGGGCUUUUGGGUCAAAGGUGUUUGAUUCACGAAUCAAUACAUUUCCUAGUUCAAUUACAAUUGUUUUUUGGAGAGACUGGAAGAGUCACAGAAAGCCAUAGAAAUGUUCGUGGCUCUAACUAGGGAUGGGUAAAAAUAUUGAUUCAUCGAUGCAUCACAAUAUUCCUCUCCCCAGUUCAAUAUGGAUUCAGGUAGUCCUCUUAAUCGAGCCACUAGAGAGCUCAAAACUCUACAUGUGCUCCACGCUCAGCAAUAAACAAAUGGAAGGUGGAGAUAUGAUAUUGUUAAAAUCAAUUAUUGCGAUGUUUAUCACAAUUUCCAAGAGGUAAUGGAUAUGAAUCAACUUUACAUUUUUUCCAGUGCUCAUACAGACCUGUCAUGUUUUUUUUUCUCCUUUACUUUUGUACUCCAUAAACACAAAUAAGUUA